GUAAGUGAAGAGUGUAUAAUAAAAACAACCGACCGCUGAGGACUGCACUGCAACAGCGAAUGAGCGCGUUACUGCGAGGUUUCAGUCAAACGUACUCAGCUUAAUCCAUGUUCUGCAAGAGUGUUAAAAUGGAAGUUAACAUAACAGUGGAACAGAGCAGAUCUAUAAGGAAAAGAGGAGAUUUAACAGAAGCAGAAAAAGAGAUGCUCCAGGCUGCUGCUGCAGGGGAUGUGCAAUCAGCUUUACAGCUUCUUAACAGUAAAGAAGUGUGUGUUAACUGUUUGGAUGAGAAUGGCAUGAGUCCUCUUAUGCAUGCUGCAUAUAAAGGUCAAGCAGACAUAUGCAGGUUGCUGCUGCAACAUGGAGCCGAUGUCAACUGUAAUGAGCAUGAGUAUGGCUAUACUGCUCUAAUGUUCGCCAGUCUCUCAGGUAAUGCUGAGAUUACGUCGAUGAUGCUGGAUGCUGGAGCAGAAACAGAUCCAGUCAACUCAGUAGGACGAACUGCAGCUCAAAUGGCAGCUUUUGUAGGCCAGCACGACUGUGUGACAGUAAUUAAUAACUUUUUCUCACGGACAAGAUUAGAGUACUACACCAGACCCCAGGGUGUAGAGAUGGAACCUAUACUGCCUCCCAAACUGGCAGGACCUUUGCAUAAAAUCAUCAUGACCACAAACCUCAACCCUGUCAAGAUGGUAAUGAUGGUGAAAGAAGACCCACUCCUUGUGGAUGAAGUGGCUCUGGAGAAAUGUUACAGAGUGAUGGAUCUGCUGUGUGAACAGUGUGUAAAACAGCAGGACAUGAAUGAAGUGCUGGCUUUGAAGAUGCACUACAUCAGCUAUGUGCUCCAAAAGUGCCUGGCUUACCUGCAGGAGUGUGAUGACAAACUAGAUGCUCUUCUUAGGAGCCUUUUAAAAGGACGAGAUGGUGAUGGCUUUCCUGAGUACCAGGAGAAAUUUAUUCAGGACUGUAUACAGACGUUUCCCUACUGUGAGACAACACUGUUGCACCAGCUGGGUCCUGUGGAAAUUGAAAAGUCCUCUUCAGCCUUUUCAGUUCUAACCCAGGCAUUAACGGGUCAGAUGGCCUUCAGUGAUGCUGAGUUCUGUGCCACGUGUGGUGAGAGGGGAGCUGACAAGAAGUGUUCCUUCUGCGAAAUGGUUGUCUACUGUGGCCAGGCAUGCCAAGAGUUGCACUGGUUUACACAUAAGGAAGUGUGUAAUACACUGCGGGGGCAGAGAAAACUCCAAAAUAAAAAUCCUUCAAGUUUGUGCAAAAUUGUAAAACAUGAUGAUGAGCACACAGCUGUAGAGGGGAACUGCACCUCAUUAUUGGGCCUCUGUUUGGGGUUUGCGGAGCUUGAAUGUAAACAGUUUUUUUGCGAGAACUAUCCUGUUCCUUCGGAUGCUUCCUCAGGGGCAAUGUCUGGCUUUCAGGACUGAAGAAGACCACACACCACCUUUGACUAUCUGACUUCUGCUGUAUCAUCAUGCCUGUUAAAUAAUCUGUAUUGCUAUUUAAAGAAACAGUUGCCCCCUCAGGAUUUAGUUUUUAGCAGUGUAAAAGAAUAAACGCUUAUGUUAGUGCUACACUUAUCAGAGUUAAGAUACUGCGAAUAAAAAAAAAAAUUAUAAUAAUAAAAAAGCCACAUACAGCAGAAAAAACACAUAACGCAUUCACGAUCAGCCAUGACAUU